CACUCAAGUUCGAGCUGCUUCCUCUCCACGGACUCUAGGUCGUCUUUCCAGUCCACUAAGCCCUACACGUGGAUUGGCUUCCGCUUUCAUGGAAAGUCCGAUGCACAGUGGUUCAGAUGUGUACCACACCCCUGUUGUUGGAAGACAAACGACACCACCGCCUACGGAAGCAGAAAAGAAGCUACUAGACGAUUUUAUUAAAACACCGACGCCCCCGCGACCUACAAAAGGAGAUGAUUCCGCUUCAGUUAAUAACAACAAGCGGAAAAGAGCAGCAGUCGCUUUUGAGGCGCCAGACCAGGGAUCUUUUGCUGUCCAAACACAACAGCCCGAAGGAGAAUGGGAGGAUGAAGACGUGGAUGUACAACUCUCUCAGCAAAGAGGAGCCCCUUUAGAGGAUCAAGUCGACUCCAUUCUCGACGAUGAUGGCAAAUAUGAAAUAGAGAGCCAAACUGACGAGACGGCAUUGACCGAGGAUGGUGCUUCUUUCUCACCAGUCGUAAAUAGUUAG